AUGAGUUCUGAACAUAAUGAAGAUUUUAUUAAGACUCCUCAAGAAGGAGAUUUUAUUAAGACUCACGAAGUUAAAUAUUUUAUCAUUGAAUCAAAUGAAAAAUAUAAAUUAUUAGCUGGAAAAGAUAAACCGGAUAACUCUAAUAACACUGAUAUAGAUGAUAAUCUUAAGCAUCAAAUAAUUAAAUUCUUUAUUGUGAAAUUAAAUGAAGAAUAUAAAUCAUUUCAAAAAAAUAUGAGAUUUCGUCAAAAUUUGUACGUUGCAGAGAUUUUUAUAUCGUUGAUUUCUAUUUUUCUUGGUCAAUUAUUCGCAUUGGCAGAAGACUCAGAUAUAAUGGCGAAAAUUGGAACUCAAUUAUCAUCAGUAUUUGGUGCAAUUGGUGUGUUAGUAACCAUUGUUACUGCAUAUCUUAACAAUACUGCACAGAAGUAUCUUGAAGCAGGUAGCUCAACUGAACUCGAUGAGAAUACGUUCAAACCUAUGUAUUUACAUAUAGAUGAUAAUGUUAUUAAGAAGUUUGGAGCAAUCUGGAUUGGUUUAAUUAUCCUUUCAAAAUCAUAUGAUUUUAUUGAAAAUUUAGAACAUAGAAUUUAUUCUAAAGAGGUCAAUGUUUAUGAACGUUUAGAUCAUAAAGAGACUAAUGUUGAUGGUAAAGGGAUUGAUAAUGAUAAAUUAAAUACGAAAGGAAAUUUAUGGAGGGAGUAG